AUGCUCCCGGUUGAUGUCCGCGUUCUGCUGUGGAAGGUGAUGGAUUUCAUAUCCAACAUCCUUCCCAGCAACUUCCAUAUUCUGAAGGACAAACUCUUUUCUGAUCGUAUGACAGCCUUCUUCGUGUACCUGUUCAUCUUCAGAUACCUUCGUCUCAUCGUCCACCUCGUUUCGUUCUGGUGUUUCUAUCAGCCAGCUCCUGUUCCCAGCAGACCGACCGUUCGUCCGUCCGAUUGCACAAUCAUCCUGCCAACUGUUGAUCCAGAGAACAGAGAUUUCGAAGAAUGCCUCACUUCCUGCCUGCUGAAUUCCCCUGGUGCAAUAGUCAUUGUCCCAGUUGGCAGUGAAAUGACUGAAAGAACAAAAUUCAUUGUUGGCCCUUACCAGCAGCGGUUCCCAAGCACACACAUUCGCGUCAAGGCUUCCACUGUCGCUAACAAGCGGAUCCAGGUUGCACACGGUCUCCAAUACGUGAACACAAAGAUCACUGUUCUCCUCGAUGACCACGUCUUUUGGCCCUCUGCCCGGUUUCUUCCCACCAUCCUCGCCCCCUUCGAGGACCCUCGCGUUGGAAUUGUCGGCACGAACAAGCGAGUCCGCCGCACUGACACAGGCUUCAACAUCAGGUCCUUCUGGAACAUGCUCGGCGCACUGUAUCUCGAGCGCCAUAAUUUUGAAAUCCGAGCUACAAACGCAAUGGAUGGCGGCGUGUUUGUUGUAUCAGGGCGUACCUCUGCCCACCGGUCCCAAAUCCUCACUGACCCCAAGUUCAUCCAGGGCUUCACUAAUGAGCGCUUCUUCUUCGAUCAGUUUGGGCCCCUCAACGCUGACGACGAUAACUUUAUCACCCGUUGGAACGUUCGACACGGAUACAAGAUCAAGAUCCAGUACUGCCGAGACGCCUGCAUUGAGACUACACUAGGCACAUACCCCAAGUUCCUCUCCUAG